AUGAAGCCUUUUGGCGUCCCCCACUCGCCGCCCAGCCCACGCAGCACCCCGCCGAGGGCCACACACCUGUCCAUCCACCCGCCACCGCCCACCGCACCUCUCCCCGACACCUCUGCGUCGCCGCGCCGUUCCUCGCCCAACUCGCACCAGUCGGCUUCACUCGUCGUCACCUCUCCUCUCCCCCGCGACACCCCGAUACCUUCACGACCGACCCCCGCCGCCCUCGAUGAGCCUGAGCUGUCGUCCGAGCUGAGCGAGCUGUCGGACAGCGGCGCCUCGGACGACGGCGUCGUCGACGACCAGCCGCCGAGCGGGACGGAGGGGGCGAGCACCACGGUGUCGCGACCGCGCCCGGUCAAUCGCGGCGGGGCCAAGCCGUCGGUGUGGAAGGACCACGUCGCCGCGGCGUUCGACCAAGGCCUCAAGCUCAUCCCCGACAUCGGCAAGCAGCACGUCCUCCUCAACGGCCGUCGCGCGCAGCGCAAUGACCUCCUGUGCGAGUACGUGCGGCGGCAGACGGGCGAGCGUCGCACCCACCAGCAGGCGAGGAACCGGAUCAGCACCGUGCGCGCCCGGUACCCGCACGAUGACAAGCUCGAACAGCUCCUCGUCGGCCGCCCCGUCUCGCAAGCCGCGAUCGACCUCAUGGACUGGGACGCCCUCCUCGGCCCCGACCAGUUCCCGAACGUCGCACCUGUCCUUUCCGACCUCGACAGCACGAAAGCGCCCGGCAAAAAGCGCAGGCGCGCGUCGGCGACGACGACCUCCUCGAAGCGGCGCAAGGCGGUCCCGGCGUCCACGCCCGCCGACGGUCGCCGCGCAAAGGGCCCCUCGACGAGCGGCUCGACCCCGAGCCACAAGCAGCUUUUUGACCCGUUCGCCUCGUCUGGGCCGCCGCCGCCGAGCCGUCGCCCACCGCCGCCGCCACCGCCUGCGCCCUGGGUCGAGCCUCUUCCCGUCCGCCCCCUCCCUCCCCCUUCAGCCGCUCUUCCCUCGCGCCCCCUGCCUGACACCACCUACCACCCGUUCGUCUCCAACCUCGCCCGCGUCUUCUCGAGCUACGAGCCCGCACGCGACCACACGACGACGGCGCGCGUCCUCGUCGGCCUCGGCGUCGACUCGUGGGACGCGCUCGCCGACUUGUGCGCGUUCGAGCCGAGCACGGUCGAGCGCCUGUACGAGCACCUGCGCAAGGAGGUCGGCCUCGGUGCGCUCGAGGUCGCGUGGGUCAAGAAGGCGGUCAGUGCGGCGAGGGGCGGGUUUGCGAGGGGCGUGUAG